GAGGCUUUGACCUGGAAGUCAAAGGGUGGGGUGGAGAAGAUGUCCACCUCUACCGGAAGUACCUGCACAGCAGCCUGAUGGUGGUCCGGACCCCUGUGCCCGGCCUCUUCCACCUUUGGCACGAGAAGCACUGCGCGGACGAAUUGACUCCGGAGCAAUACCGCAUGUGCAUCCAGUCGAAAGCCAUGAACGAGGCUUCUCACUCCCACCUCGGCAUGCUUGUCUUCCGGGAGGAGAUCGAAGCCCACCUGCGAAAGCAGGCCUACAAGACGAACAGCGAAGCCGUCGGCUAGACCGAUCCCUUCCGGUGCAACUUUCAGACUAGCUGCUAUGAACCAGGUUUGGUUCCGAAGCCUUAAUUAACUCAGCUUACAAAACAUGC